AUGGAUUCGAAUCGAGCAGCGAACGUCUCCUCUUUUGAUUUCGUUGGAGGAGUGCAACUUCUCCAGGGGGAGGACACCAGAACAGCCGUGCCGGUCCUGCUGAUCGGGAUCUGUGUGUCCGGGGCUGUCGGGAACCUGCUCGUGCUGCUGAUUUUCAUCCGAGACUUCAGGAACGGAAGAGGCUCCGAGGUGAAGGCGCUCCUCGCCUCCUUGGCCUCCACGGACUUGGUGAUCCUGCUGCUGUGCGCCCCGGUGCGCGCCGUCACCUACUACAAGCAGACCUGGACCCUGGGGAGCUUCGUGUGCAGCACCUCCGACUGGUUCCAGCACUCGUGCGUGGUCGCCAAAACUUUAAUCCUCGCGGUCUCCACAAGAGCCAAGCACACGCUGGUCCCCUGCGCCGCCACGGGGGCCCCGCACGGCCCGACGUGGAUCCACGGAGCCCUGGCGUGUAUCUGGAUUGUGGCCAUGAUGGUUCCGAUUCCGCAGAUGCUCUUUGCGUCUUUGCAGCCGUAUGGCCGCGACACCAUCUGUGUCGCCGUAACGCCAGCGUGCGCGUCUGACUUCAUGAGUUUGUUCUAUAAGAUUUACCCAACGGCGACCUUUUUGGUGCCGGUCAUCUUUACGCUUGCCUACUACACCAAGACUCUGCACGCUGCGGUGAACCACGCACCCAGCCCGCGGCAGCAGAGCAAGGUCACCCUGGUUUUACUGUGUCUGAGCAGCGCACUCGGGCUCAUGCUGCUGCCGGAGUUGGGGACAUUCACCUGGACGAGGCUCGGCUACAACAAACCUCCUGUGGGUCUGAUCAUCUUUGCGCAAGUGCUCCUUUACGCAUGCAGCUCCUUCUCUCCGGUGAUCUUAAUGACCAUGUACGACGAUGUGCGCGAAGGAUUGGUCACCAUCUGGUUCGUCGCCACCUGCAGAAACUCCAGGAACAUCCCCAGGAUCAACAGGUGUCCAAAAACGGAGGGGAACGGAGCGGAGUCGGGAGCCAACGCCGUCGCCAACGCGGUCCCCGGGGAGCAGGACAAGACCUUCCCGGACGUGGAGCACUUCUGGACGGGGCGCAGGAAUACGCACGUCGAGGAGGAGCAGGACCCGGUCCCGUGGGAGAGAGAGGAGAAGAUGCUGUAG